UAAAUUCACUGUUCUCCGCAAAAACGGCACAACCAAUCAUGUCGCACAUAGCCCGGCUGGUGCUCUCGUUGGCGGCGGUUGCGCUCGCGCACGCCACCGUGGAGGUGAUGAAGGACGUCACCCUUGGCUUCGGAGAGGCGCUCGAGCACUGCAGAGAGAGUAGCGGCCUAACAGAAGAGAAAAUGGAGGAGUUCUUCCACUUCUGGCACGACGACUUCAAGUUCGAACACCGGGAGCUGGGCUGCGCAAUCCAGUGCAUGUCCAGGCACUUCAACCUGCUGACUGAUGGACAGAGGAUGCACCAUGAAAACACGGAUAAAUUCAUCAAGUCUUUCCCUAACGGUGAGGUGUUAUCCAAAACAAUGGUAACUCUGAUCCACUCCUGCGAGCAGAAGUUCGACGACAUGGAAGACCACUGCUGGCGAAUACUGCGCAUCGCAGAGUGCUUCAAGAGCGGCUGCCAGGAGCGCGGUUUAGCGCCGUCCAUGGAAAUGAUGAUGGCGGAGUUUAUUAUGGAGUCCGAGGUUUAAAUCUUUGGAACUUGAGAGGACAUUUCUCGACAAAUAUCAAAUUUAAUGUCUUCGCUUACCGCGAUAGUUGCUAGUGAAAUAGGACUGUUUAACGUGUUACAUGGAUCGCAUAAUAUUCAUUUAAAAUACGUCCCGUCAUUUGGAACCCUUUGCAUCGCAGCGUUCGUGUGGAACGGGAGACUGGAGAAAAAUAUAUGCGAAAUGUAAAACAGUUUUAUUUCAUAUUGGGUCACCCUUUGGGUCAAAAUCAUUUUGUCUUGUCUUGUUUCUGACCACUUUGUCACGCUUGUAUCUAUAUCUUCUAUCAAAUAAAAAAAAAAGUCGAAUGCUAUAUUGCAUGUAGAUUAUAUUUAACACGAGAUAAAUUAAAAACAAAAUUUCAUUUCAUACAAAAAGCUCCACUUCGUCACAUUUUUUAGGGAUAAAAAACAAGACAGCGAAAAGAAUUUCGACCCAAAUAUCAGAACCCCUAGUGUAAAUUUAUUCGUUAGCGUGACGUGACGUACGCGUUUACGUUAAGUCUCACUUUGUAUGGGAUUUAGAAACAGCGCGCCAAGCGGCACGUUUCGGAAACUCAAAACCCCAUACAAAAUGAGACUUAACGCAAACGCGUACGUCACGUUUCGCUUGUCAAUAAAUUAACACUAGGAGUACCUGUUGAAGUUCUGGUAAAGUAAAUUUUGUUUUUUUUUAUUUUAUAUUCCAGGUAGUUAAAUGAUGGUUCAGUUGCCCAGUCAUUCUCCUCUUUUCCUAAUUAGACAAAAUGUAGACGAUUUUAGUAUUUUGGGAUAUGAACAAAGUUUAAAGCGUUUGAACUUUGUCAAAACGAAUAUGUAAAUGAAUGAUUGAUUUUUAAAUUUUGAUAUUCGUCGACCGAAUCCGAAUAGCCACUUAUUUAUUGGCAGUCAAUGAUGAUAUAAUUUAAAUUGGCUUAAAUAUUACGAAAUCAUUUUGAUUUCAUAUAUUUUGUGCCGUUAAAUUUUCUUAACAAUAUCAGAUAGAGGACCAGGGGCGUAGCUACCGCCGUAUCUGCCGUAUCAAUUAUACGGGGCCCCUGGGCCACGGGGGCCCCCAACGUGCGUUUUUGUGAGAAAUCUUUACCCUUCCUAAGGGCCCCCAAACAAAUUUUUAUACGGGGCACGCUACGCCACUGUAGAGGACCAACAUUUAUUUAAAAAUAAUGCGACUUCGAAGAUUUUGAUUCACGACCCCAAUGCUUGUCCUUAAUGGAAUAUGAUCAAAUGUAAUACCUACAAUUUUUAGGUAUUCAUUUCUUAUUUAAAUGUAUUUUGCAAGAGGCAAUGCUGCUAGAUUUAAUCGUAUUAUAAGUAUUAGGCGCGUGAGCAAUACUUUUAUUAUAUUUUACAAUUAUUAUUUAAAAAUAAAGUGCAUUUUUCUGCGCAAUGACACGGCUAUGACUUGGUACUGUUAGAAGUAAGUUUAUAUAUUAAGACAUAGAUAAAAUUAAAAGUAUUUAUAUCUAAUGC